AUGAACGCACCAGCAGGAGGUUCGAGAGGACACAAGCAGGUUGAGCAAGAACCAGCAGGCGAUGAGAAGGACAAUAGCGUGUUGCCUAGCAAGCAAGCAUGUCACAAGCAUAUGCAAGCUCCAACUAAGGUAGACCUAGUAGGCAAGCAUGUCACUUCCAUCAUAUACCAAAAAAUUUGCUACCCAAUCCCUGGGGGCGAUGUCGGGCACAUCAAUAGCGAUCAGUCGAUGGCAAGAAUAUGCUCAAUUCAAGGGCUGAAGAAGAGUAAGCAAGUACAGUUCAUACCAGUGAGCCGGACAGAACAGGUAAUGGAGGAAGCAUAUCUCGUUCCUGACAGUCAAGCAGACCAGAAGGGAAAGGAAAGGAAUGGUCAUUCCUUAAUAGCAAUUAAAGAACUAAGACCAAAACAAUGGAAUUUGUCUGGAGAUCUCUCCUGA